AUGCUUAACUUGGGGGGCUCCUAUGCGUUAGCAGAAGGGCACCCGUUCUAUGUAGUUGACGAUAUCCCAAUGGGAUGUGAUUUACUCAUUGGUUACGACCAAAUGAGACAUUCCAAACGGGCACUGAUGUGGAGCGCUGACACGUUGUUGCUAGUCCCGCAGUCAGUGAUGAAAUGGUCAUGGCUCAAGAGCACUAAUGUCCCGUUGAGUCCACACGUGAAACCUAUUUUAGGUUAUCGACAGCCAAAGCCGCGGGCAAAGCGAGGUAAUAAAAGGAUUAAGAAAAGGCACAAACCCCGGCGGACGCAAAGGCGUGCUGCUGGAGGGGCUAGUGACGAGGAAGCGCAGAGCGACUACCAGACAGCUCAGCUAUAG